UUUUACUACAUUAUCGCGCUGUUCUGCUCCUCGGAAGUACAUGACGCACGAAGAGAGGAUAGCUUACUUAGUCCAGAGCUUAGAUAAAAGAAUUAAAAGUAUUGAAAGUGAACGGAAUAAACUGUUAGAAGAAAUACAACACCUUAAAAAACAAAACAUAGCUGAUGGAGAUAAUUUGCAUGAUUGUAAAUCACAGGCACCAACAACAGGUAGUAAUAGUGUUCAUAAGAAAGACACACUGAAACAGAAGUCAUAUCGACUGGUUGACGGUGAAAGUAAAAAGGUCCCUUCACAACUUCCUACAUGCACCACCACUACAAGCAAUGCUAAACAAUCAAACCGGUUGCGUAGUCCGAACCUUCAUAGCAAUCAUAUGAUGAUAAAAUAUGACGUUGGUGAUACUUUCACUAGCAAAACCAUGAACACAUUUCAUCAUUCAAGACAACAUAUGGAUGCAGUGUACUACACUCGGUUAAAUAAUUUAAUCCAAAAACUUCAAAGCUUAACUGAUCACUGGAACCAUUAUCAUCAUCAUCUACAACAAGCGUGUUCACAUUCUCAUCAAAGUUGUGCUAAUAUUUCUAAUGCUCUUAGUCGAAUAAAUUGUCUGACUGAAAAAUUUUCUCUGAUAUCUAGACGUCCAGACGCGCUGACAUGGAUUCAACCAACCAAUUAUUCAACAGAUGAUAAUAAUUGCUUAUGUACAUUUAAUUCACAUGGCAGAUGUAGUAGUAGUAAUAGUGCUAGUCCUAAAACACCUGGUGUUGUUGUCAAUCCAACUGAAGCUGAAAGUCUAACAAAAGAGAGGAACUCUUCAAAACCUUCAUCGACGCAUUGUAUUCCAGUGAAUAAAAGCACCAGCAAUGAUACAAAACUUUGUCGGGCUGUUGAAGUGGUAACAACUGUCAGACCUUGUCAGAAAGUUAUCACCACAAAUAAACCGACUACAUCCAAUGCAAAACGUCAAUGUAAAAAAGGAAGCUCAACACAGAAAGAUUUUCCUAUCAUCUGUAAGGUUGUUGAAGAUCCUGUACCAAUUAGAAAAAUUGUUUGGAGGUGACAGGGUUUAACAGAUUGUAAAACUAUUUUGCUAAUUCAACUUAUUUUUAUAUACACAUAAUUAAGAGUAUUUUUGGAUAAAGAAAA